UAAAAACCCUAAAAAGAGAGAGCUCCCUUCAAAAUCCAAUUUUCUUCACUCCAUGGAAACCUCAAAAGUGUUUGUCUUGCUUGUUCUUCUUUCCACCUUCCAUUUCCUUGUUGUGACUUGCAUCCAGUUUGAAGUUGGAGGCAACAAUGGAUGGGAGGUACCCAAAUCAAAGGACGACUACAACCGAUGGGCGUCGAAGAACCGGUUCAAAGUGGGCGACACUGUUCAUUUCAACUUCACUAAAGACUCGGUGAUGGUGGUGACGGAGGAGGAGUAUGACAAGUGCAGUUCGACACGUCCCAUCUUCUUCUCCAAAGAGUCCACCGAGUACAAGCUGGACCGACCAGGAUUGUUCUACUUCAUGAGUGGGGUGAGCGGGCACUGUCAGAGAGGCCAGAAGAUGAUCAUCAAGGUGUUGGAGCCGGCGAGCCCUCCUCAGCCUCCAGCAGAGUUGCAGAAGAAGAAUGGUGCUGCUGGAAUGGCUGUUGCUGUGUCUUCUGUAACUGCUGUGCUCUGUUUUAUGUCAUUCAUUGCGGUUUCCAUGUUCUAAAUAAUUGGUCUAGGAUGUAGAAACUCAGUGGGUGUAUUUCCUUUAAGGGACAAAGAUGCAGACUUGAGCUUAAUUAUUGUUUUAUUUGACAAUAUGAAGUUGAAUUCAUUUGAGAUAUGAGUUU